AUGCAGAUAAAAAACGAAGGAACUCUGACGUUCCCCGGCAAGUUGAAGGGAGAUCCCAGCAAGAGACUAAGGGAUAAGUAUUGCCGCUUCCAUCGAGACCACGGGCACGACACGGCUGACUGCUACGAUCUAAAACAGCAGAUAGAGGCCCUUAUAAGACAAGGGAAACUACAGAGGUUCGUAAGCAAGGAAAAAGCGAAUCCGCCCCAAGAGCAAACCCUACGACGGGAGAAUGAGCGCCCAAGACCGCCUAUUGCAGACAUAAGAAUGAUCAUAGGGGGCACGGCAACCUCUGGGUCUUCCAAAAAAGCUAGGAAAACCUACCUAAGAAUGGUCCAGAACGUCCAGCUCACAGGCACUAUACCCAAGAUGGCACGGAUCAACAACCCCGUCAUCGGAUUUUCGGAAGAAGAUGCUCGAAAGCUGCACCACUCGCAUGACGAAGCACUUGUUGUCAGCCUAAGGGUAGGAGACUACAACAUGCACCAGGUUCUGGUCGACAACGGCAGUUCGACGGACAUCUUGUAUUACCCGGCUUUUCAGCAUAUGAGAGUUAACAGAGAACAAUUGGUCUCGGUUGAUGCCCCUCUAGUUGACUUAGGAGGGAUGAGAGUGUUCCCCAUCGGUGCUGUCACAUUGACAGUAACGGUGGGAGAUUACCCCCAGCAGAUCACUAAGGAAAUAACAUUCUUGGUGGUCGACUGUACGUCCACUUACAAUGUCAUUCUCAGACGACCCACCCUCAACUCGUGGAAGGCUGUAAUUUCAACAUACCAUUUAAUGAUCAAAUUCUCAACGGAUUAUGGAGUCGGAGAACUGCGUGGAUAUUAG